AUGGCGGAUGAGGGGCAGGACUUGGAGCAGAAGAGGAGUCAGAGCUUGGCUGACUAUGGGCGAGAUGCGUGGGUCGGGAGCGAGCUGAGGCUGAAGCUGAAGGAGAGGGUGCGGCAUUUUACUUGGACAUGGUUUACUAUGACUAUGGCGACUGGGGGAAUUGCCAACGUGCUGAGUUCUGUACCUUAUCGCUUCAACGGCAUAUACGGAAUUGGCUGCGCGUUCUUCCUUCUGAACAUCGUUCUGUUCAUCUUCAACGUCCUCAUGAUUAGCACGCGCUUCUACCUAUAUCCUUCCACUUUCAAGUCGAGCUUCCUCCAUCCGACUGAGUCUCUCUUCAUUCCGGCAGCUGUCAUCAGCUUCGGCACGGUCAUGAUCAACGUCGUGCAGUAUGGUGUCGGGGACAGGACUGGGCUCUGGCUGGAAAACACUAUGGUCGUUAUGUAUUGGAUAUACUGUGCUCUAGCUAUGCUGUUCUCUUGCGGGAUCUACCUCAUCAUAUGGUCCACCCAAACCUUUACAAUCUCCCGCAUGACCCCUGUCUGGAUCUUCCCUGCAUACCCAUUGCUACUCGUAGGCCCUUACGCCGGCAACCUGUGCCCGCACGUCUCCCCCGAAAAUGCAAUCCAAGUCAUCGUCAGUGGCUUCAUCCUCCAGGGCGUCGGCUUCAUGGUAGCGCUUAUGGUCUACGCGGCAUUCAUUUAUCGCCUCAUGACGCAGAAGCUGCCGACGGAGAGUCUGCGGCCUGGCAUGUUCAUCAGCGUCGGGCCAUCCGGCUUCACGACCGCGAGCAUCAUUGCGAUGGCUCAGACGCUGCCGAAGGUCAUUCCGGAGGGCUUCAUGGGGAAUGGGAGACUUGCGGGGGAGGUAUCGGCGGUUAUGGCGAAUUGGUGGGGGAUCUGGCUUUGGGGAUUGGCUCUUUGGUUCUUCCUCGUCUCUUUAGGCGCCCACUACUCGUGUGUCUCGGACCGCCGUAUGGACUUCGCCAUGUCGUGGUACUCGUUUAUCUUCCCCAACACGGCGCUCAUCACCGCCACAUUCGCUGUGGCGACCGCGCUGCAGGGGAACACCGGCUUCCGCGUCCUCGGUUGCAUCUUGACGGUCCUGCUCAUCGCGACGUGGGGCUGGGUGUUUGGCAUGAUGGUCAGAGCAGUUGUGCUGAAGCAGAUCCUGUGGCCGGAGAUGCAGGAGGAUAGGGAUGAGGGCGGGUGGAAGAGGGUUGCGAUUGAGGCGCAGAGGAGGGAGGGCAGAGGGAAGGGGAGGAGGCGAGGAAGGGGACAGGCGCAGUUGGACUAG